CCACGUAUAUCGCAAAUGAGAACGGGUGGGUCCGUAAUGUACAGUAGGAAAAUAACUGCUUUCUCGAGGUCCAGGUUGAGGCCUGCAUGUUAAAGAUCCCCUUCCUCCCAUCCUGAAUCUCAUCGUGAUGACUGAGGAUCAACAACAACAUGAUCAGCACCCGAAGCUGGGCUCUGGAAUAAGCACCUUACCAUCCCUAGUUCCUGGACUGCAAGGGACUGAGGCCAGUGCGUUGCAGCUCAAAAUAAAGAAUUCCAUCUGUAAAUCUGUACAGUCAAAGGUGGACAGUAUUUUGCAAGAUGUGGAGACGUUUACAGACAUCGAGAAACUCUACCUCUACCUUAAGUUGCCUUCUGGUCCCAGCAACAGUGAAAAAAGUGAUCAGAGCUCCAUGUCAUCAAGCCGCACUCAGCAGAUGCACGCGUUCAACUGGAUUCGCAGUCACCUAGAGGAACACCCAGAAACCUCUCUGCCCAAACAGGAGGUCUAUGACGAGUACAAGAGCUAUUGUGACAAUCUCUGCUACCACCCACUGAGUGCAGCGGACUUUGGAAAGAUCAUGAAAAAUGUAUUUCCAAACAUGAAGGCACGUCGACUUGGUAUGAGAGGCAAAUCAAAGUACUGCUAUAGUGGACUGAGGAAGAAAGCCUUUGUCCACAUGCCAUCUUUACCCAACCUGGAGUUACAUAAAACAGGGGACGGGUGUGAGGUGCUGGAGGCCUCAGGUCAGCUGUGCAGUGCGGAGGAGGAGGUGCGCUCUGCGGCCUGUGGCCUGGUGUGUGAGUGGGCCCAGAAGGUGCUGAGCCGCCAGUUUGAUGCUGUGGAGGACCUGGCUCGCUUCCUCCUCAACAGCCACUACAUCGGCACCAAAUCUGUGGCAGCCCUUACUGUCAUGACUGGUACACCAACAGGAGUUAAAAUGCCACUGCCAUCCUCAGCAUUCGGACCAACAGCUGAAGCCCACUCCUUCCAGUCCCAAGUGAAGACCCUGCCCUCUCCCUCCAUCGAUGCCAAGCAGCAGCUCCAGCGGAAGAUCCAGAAGAAGCAGCAGGAGCAGAUGCUGCACUCCCCCCUCCCCGGAGAGGCUCAGGCCAGGCGGGCUGACGGGGGCACGCCUGGGGUCGGCUCCAUUACCUGUAGAAGCCCAGCCCUGCUCUCCCCACAUCCCACCAUUGGCAUUAUGGUAGCUGCAGUCCCCAGCCCCAUCACGGUACAAAGGAGCAGGCAGCUGAUGUCCCCCAGUCCUGUGGGAACAUCGGAGGGCAAGAUUCUGCCUGUCAACUUCCAAGUGGUGACCCAGUCAAUGCAGCCUGUCAAGUGUCCCAAGACCCCUCAGAAUAUCCCAGCCAGCCCUGUGGGGGACCGCUCUUCUCGCCACCGCUAUGCCCAGAUCCUGCCUAAACCCUCAGCCACCAGCGCCAUCACCCUGCGCUCGCCCCCCACCCUGCUCAUCACCAACAGCCCCAUCAAGACCGUGAUGCAGCCCACACCCCACAUCAGCUCUGUCAACGUGGUCAAGAUGACCACCAUAUCCCUGGCUCCCAACUGCAGCACUACAACCACCCUAACCAACACCACCUUAAGGCCUGCCUCUGCUGGCAUGGGCAGCACUGUAGCCCUGGAGGAGAGCAGACCCAGCCCACGGGCCAGGAGUGGCUCUGCAGCCCCCAUCCUGUCCCCCUUAGCCAGGUCAGGCCGGGCCACCACCACCCCUACCAUCGACAUCAAGAUGAUGGUGGGUGAAGCCAUAAGUGAGGGCAGUCCGGCCCUGGGUGCUAGCAGGCUUACUAUAACUCAGGAAGCUGCAGGGGGCCAGAGGGCUGGAGGAGCUAUACCAAGAGCUGCCAGUGUGCCCAUGCCUCACACUAAAGGCUCCCUGGGACCGGAGGCAAUGACUGGAACCAAUUGCAAUGGCAAGUCCUCUUUGCGCAACAACACUGUGGCAGCUACAGCUGGUAGCAAUAAUAACACCAAUAACGAAAGUACUUCAUAUUUGACAGUCUCCAAUCAGAAUACCAGCACCACUCUGUCACCCAAUGGCGGCACUGUUGCCACAUCACUCAUCACCUCCAAGAGCCCCAGGAAGCGCCCAGGCGUCGGCCCAGAGUCUUAUCCCACGCCUGUCAAAAGGGUCUUCAUCUCCCAGCAACCUCUUGGGGGCUCCGAUGGUUACAGACAUGGGAUUGGUGCAGGAGUGAAGAAACUCCCCAGGGUAGGAACCCCAGUCAGACCUGAAAGUGCACCAGCCAUCGGAAAAGUUACUUUGAAACUGAACUCUACUGUCCCAACUCGAAUUCUGUCACUCUCUGAUUCCCCCAUCGGAACCAGAGGCUUCCAGACUGUUGUCAAGCCACAGAUCUCCGUGCAGGGAAGAGACACUCUGACCACCAAGGACACUAGCAGCAUCGGCAACGUUAGUGCCCCGGCUGGUCAUGCACGAAUUCAGCACCAGCAGCACAUGACGGGUAACAUGCAAGGCAUGCCCAACAGCUCUGCCCUACUGGAGCAGUCUGCUGUGAGUGACCUGAGGAACACCAUGUGGGUUGGGGGCCAGCUGGAGGGAGGUAAGCAACAGCAGCAGCAGGCCUACGCCCAGCAGAUCACAGACCACAAGCAGGCAUCCACACCGGUCAUGGAGCCCCUGGCCAUGUUGGGCCAGGCCCCAGCCUCUAGCCAGCUCUCCAUGCAGACAGACAUGGACUACUUCCAUUUCAAUGAUGACGAUAUGACCCAGGACAGCAUUGUGGAGGAGCUGGUGCAGAUGGAGGAGCAGAUGAAGCUCAACAGCAGUCUGCAGGCCUUCGGAGCUGACGUGACGCUGCAAGGCCAUCAGUCUGUAAUACAGGGCAACAUGAUGUCCUCCAACCAGACAGUGACCCAUUACUACCAAUCAGUACACAGCAGCACCACCCCUGUCCACACCCCCACCCCAACUCCCACCCCCACAUCCACCUCUGAGAUGAUGGGAGGAGGCCAGGGCCUGACUAGGGAGAGCCCCUGCUCCCGCAUGGCCCCCACCACCCCGGUGGACAGUGCCCUGGGGAGCAGCCGACACACCCCCAUCGGCACUCCACACUCCAACUGCAGCGGCAGCGUGCCCCCCAGCCCUGUGGAGUGCAGGAAUCCCUUUGCCUUCACUCCCAUUAACUCCAGCAUUACAGGCUACCACGACGGCAGCAUUGUCUCCAGCAGCCCCGUCAAGCCCAUGCAGAGGCCCAUGGCUACUCACCCAGACAAGGCCAAACUGGAGUGGAUGAACAAUGGUUACAACAACAGCGGGGGGAACUCCAUCAACGGCAUCAGUAUCCUCCCCAGCUAUCAGGACCUGGUCGACGACCACUUCCGAAAGCCCCAUGCCUUCGCCAUCCCUGGCCAGUCCUAUCAGUCUCAGACGAGGCACCACGACGGACACUACGGCCGCCUGACACCCAUCUCUCCGGUGCAGCAGCAGGCAGCCAGUAUGGCCAACCUGAACAAGCAGGAGGGCUUUGCUGUGCCCGCCCCUCUGGACAACAAGACCAUCAGCACAUCCUCAGCAGGCGGGACCUUCCGCUGUCGUAGUGUGAGCCCUGCCGUGCGCCAGCAAAACCUGAGUGGCAACCAGGGUCUGCAGAACAUCCCCCGAACAGUGGUGUCCCCCUUCACCUCCCCCGUGACCCCCGAGAUGAUCAACAUCUUCGCCAACAGCCAUGGGGACGUCAGCAGCAUGGCACAGAGGAGCCAGUCUGUGCCUGUCAACGUGAUGAUGCAGACGGAGGUGCUGCCCAUGCAGGGCCAGACCAACAGCAAAAAUAUCACCAACGUGCUCCUGAGCAAGAUGGAUGGGGACAGUGACGACGCGGUGCGGGGCCUGGGUAUCAACAGCCUGCCGUCCAACUACACAGCCCGCUUGAACCUCACCCACAUCUUAGAGACCACUCCCAGCUUCCCCAGCAGUGCCAACCAUCAGACUCUGAUGACUUCCAACACUCAGAAUGCGUACGAGUUUCAGAAGGCCGGUUACCUCAUGAAGAACUCUAGGAACGAACAGAUGAUUCUCUCAGCAGGUGACAGCCAAGCACAAUCAGCUACUGGAGAACAGCAGCAUCAGCAGAGCCAGCCUAUGCUGCUGGCCCAGAACCUUCAGCAGCAACAACAACAGCUGCAGCUAGAUUUCAGCACCACCGUUAAAGACCUCUUAGCAGACGGCUGCCUUACUCCUGGCAAUAGGCUCGUGGGACAGGUGUCAGAACUCAACGCUGUGGGGUCUGAUUUUCGACUGACCUCUGAUCUUUCCAAUAGCAUCAAUGACCUGAACAAUUUGGACACAAACCUUCUGUUUGACCCCAAUCAGCAGCAGGGACAAUAUGAAGACUCUACACUGGAGGAACUGAAGAAUGAUCCGCUGUUCCAGCAGAUUUGCAGCGAGACUGCGAAUUCCAAUGGAUUUGAUUGGCUGGAAAGUAAAGACCAGCCCACAGUCGGGUUAAUGGGUUAAUAUGGGCUCUGCUUUUAUUUCAUGAAGGUAAAAUGGUUUGUUUAUACCUAUUGUUUUGUUAAAAUCUUCUUUGUAAUUAUUCACAUUGACAUUGUAUAGCACACUGCAACACUCUGGAUACAAUGACUUUUGUCCAGUCUGUGCCAGGCUGAACAGAAAUGAUCACUCUUAUAAAUAUGCUGGUUUUCUCUCACAGCUCAUCGCUGGUGCUGACUCAUCCAUUUCUCCCUCUUCAGACAUCAUAAAGUCAUUCAAGAGCAUUUAAAUCAAGACCGUAGAAUAACAAUAACAUUAUUUUUACAUUUUCAGAAGGACAGGAUAUAAAGAGAUAAAGAUCUCUUAAAGAUUACCAAACAUCUAUCUGUAGACUAUCAUUUUGGAUAAUGAUUUUGUUCAGGAGCUGUUGACUAAAACAAGAGGUUUGGCAAAUAAUUGGCAACUGUUCCUCCCUCUGUAAAUAGUUUUACUUCCAUUGAGGUAGAUCUGAAGAUAGACUUUAUCAGACAAAUCAUUUGGAAUUGCUUUAGAAGCAUACUGUUGUGCAAGAACAUUAAAUGGGGUGUAUGCUCACCUAAUAUGCCCCUGUACCUCUCAAUGAAGAGUUGAGAUGCCUUGAGACGGCAUUUGCAGUAGCAUGCACUGGUACUAAUGUUUCUCAUUGCCGUUUCAAGUCUUCUUAAGGAUUGCAGGUGCAAGAUAUACCAAAAUCAAUCAAUGGCUAAAAAAAAAUCCCCCAUAAUCUGUAAAUAAAAAUGUAUCGUUGGUCUACUUAAAGAACCAUGUUUUAUGUAUUUCCACACUGAGGUUGGAAUAAUACUGUGAAAAUGAUAAUGCCCUUUUAGUGUAGGAGCUGUUUGAAAAGACUGCCUGAAAUUUCAGCCUGUUUAGGUG